ACACCUGGUUACCGGAUCACGAUUUAUGCUGGUUUCUCGGAGUGUGUCGCUUUAAACCGGGAGUCACCGGAGCUCGUCUCACCUGGACGCUCAGUAACCGACAGGUAACUACCGGAAUUCAUCACUUUUCUCCCGUUAAAGGAGGCAACGCUCUGAGAGGCCUAGUUGAGCUACAACACGAACAGUUUCCGAGUCUGCAGUCCUUCGUUUCGUUUGUUCACCUCGGAGGUGGUUUCACCUGUCAGCAGCAGCAGAAGAAGACUCACCGGAGCAGGAGACACACCGGUCCGACAGGUGGAGCAGGUGGAGCCGCAUUCCGCUGAGAGAGGUCGUCCGUCCGCCUGUGGUGGUGUGAAGCUGUGGUAUUGGUACAGGAUGUCGGAUUAGGAGGGAAAUUAAACUUAAAUUACUUCAAGGAAAGCGACUCUCGCUUGCACUCUCAGGAAGUUUGUGCCCUCUGUCACCAUGGCGACGCAGGUGCUGAUCUCACCUGCUGUGUCGGCGUUUGUCUCCACUGUGGCGUCGCUGCUCAGUUUGACUUUGCUGCUGCUGCUGUGUGUCAUCAGGAAGAAAAGACGGAUGGAGGGAACCUACAGGCCCAGCGCCGAGGAGAAGAAACAGACAGGAGGGGGCGGUUGUGAAAAACCCGGCCUGCCGCUGCCGUUGCCCAAAGAGGAACGUCUCAUUUAGUCAAAGCGGCCUUGCGUGCUUUUUACCGUCACUUUGUGAAGCUGUGGAUGGAUAACUCCUGUUUUCUGAUGUCCCUGUGCUGCUGUGGGAUCAUCCAUGUUUGUCUUUUGCACCGGACUGAUCGACUCUGUCGCUCCAGGAAGAAAGGAGCUAUUUAACAUGAGGUCUGCUCACUGGUAUUAUCCAAACAAGUCACUUCUUUUAUUCUGUCACAUGAGGAACAUUGUCUGAAGUAUAUUUUGUAUUUGUGUGCAGGUUAGCAUGUUUUUCACUGCAAUGUGUGUUCUGUGUAUUUAUGUAAAGAUAUAUCUUUUUACACCCUCUCCAACUAUGAAGAAUAUUGAUUAAAAACACUGAUAACUGUGAUGCACUUUUAUAUCAAGUUCUGAGAAGCACAUUUUCAUAGAAAACAUAAAAAAAAAUAAAAAAAAUGUUUGUAUGGUACACAAGGUGUUACGUGAAUAAACCGACAAAUGUCUA